CCACCGGCACCCUCACUGUUCAGUGAUCACUCGUGCAAAGAAGACUUGUCGAUACCUGAAUCAACUGAUUCUCAAAGUUUUACUUAUUUUCUAUACACAAGACUUGAUUAUUAUAAAUCAUUCAACAUGAGUUGGACUAAUAGCAACAGGAGAAACAAUUAUAGAAACGAUAGCAGAGGUAAUUAUAAUAAUAAUGAUAGACGCCAGGAUAGACGUCAGGAUAAUUUUUCCUCGCAAGAAAGUGGCCAUCAGAUGUACGUACCGUCACAGCAUCUCGGCAAACUCAUCGGCAGAGCUGGUAGCCAAAUUAAGGAAUUUCAAGAAAAAACCAAUACGAAAAUCCUUGUUAAGAAGGAAUGCACUCAAGGAGAUUCCACACUGAUUGAGAUAAUUGGUGAUACAGAAAACCAAACUGAGGCUGUUAAUGCAAUUAGUAACCUCUUAAAUCUUGGAAAUAAUGCGACGCAAUCAUACGGUGAUCACGGAUUUAAAGAAAACGCAUUGGAAGAUACCAAACCCAGUGCCGUGGAUAUUGAUUGGGAUUUAGCUUCAAAAGAAGCGGACAAAUUUCAAGCAGAGAAAUGGGCAAAAUACCCACCAAUUAUAAAAGACUUUUAUAUUGAAGACGAACAAAUCAAGAAUAUGCCAAAACAAGAGGUAAAAGAAUUCAGAAUUAAAACAAAUAAUAUAAACGUUGGUCUAACAUUUGAUUUGGAUGAUCCAUCCGCUAACAUUGAUGACGUAAUACCCAAUCCAGUUCAAACAUUUGAACAAGCAUUCAGACAUUAUCCUGAAAUCCUUGAUGAAAUAAAAAAGCAGGGCUUCGAAAAGCCGAGUCCAAUUCAAUGCCAAGCUUGGCCUAUUUUGAUGAAAGGAUUAGAUAUGAUUGGAAUUGCUCAAACAGGUACUGGAAAAACUUUAGCAUUUUUACUUCCAGCGCUCAUACACAUUGAUCGUCAAACCAUUCCAAGGAAAGAACGUAAAGGUCCUACAUGCCUAAUCAUUGCACCAACGCAUGAACUUGCCUUACAAAUUGAAAAAGAGGUAAAUAAGUAUAAUUACCGUGACAUUAAAGCUGUUUGUGUUUAUGGUGGAGGAGAUCGUAAAGCACAGAUAAGAGCAGUUGCUCAAAUAAGGGAAAUUGUAAUUGCUACUCCAGGUAGAUUAAAUGAUUUGGUUCAGGAAGGUACGUUGGAUGUUAAAGGUGUAUCAUACUUGAUUUUGGAUGAAGCUGAUCGUAUGCUGGACAUGGGAUUCGAACCACAGAUUAGAAAAACUUUACUUGAUGUACGUCCAGAUAGACAAUCAGUUAUGACAAGUGCAACUUGGCCUGCUGGUGUUAGAAGAUUAGCUUCGUCUUACAUGAAAAAUCCUAUUACUGUAUGUGUAGGUACUAUGGAUUUGAAAGCUGUUCAUUCAGUUACUCAAAGAAUCAUUAUUGUAGAGGAAGAAGAAAAAAUGGAUAUGCUGAAAGACUUUUUCCACAAUAUGGGACCUGAUGAUAAAGCUAUUGUUUUCUUUGGUAGAAAAGUUACUGUUGACAAUAUAGGAAGUGAUUUAGCUUUAAGUGGAGUAAAAUGUCAAAGUAUUCAUGGAGGACGAGAUCAGUUUGAUAGAGAACAAGCACUUGAGGACAUCAAAUCUGGACAUGUCAAUAUUUUAUUAGCAACUGAUGUAGCAAGCAGAGGUAUCGAUAUUGAAGACAUUACUCAUGUCUUGAACUUUGACUUUCCACGGGACAUCGAAGAAUAUGUUCACAGAGUAGGCAGAACUGGCCGAGCUGGUCGUAGAGGAGAAAGCAUCAGCUUUAUGACUCGCAGAGACUGGGCUCAAGCAGAAAAACUAAUUGCUAUAUUAGAAGAAGCUCAACAAGAUGUUCCUGAAGAAUUACACUCAAUGGCAGAACGAUAUGAUGCCAUGAAAAAGCGCAAAGCUGCUGAAGGUGGUAAUUCACGUUUUGGAAAUAAUCGAUUUGGAGGAAAUGAUCGGUCAAAUAACCGAAAUAAUUAUUCAAAUAACCGUUCUGGUAACAAUUCAAGGUGGUAGUCACCUUGUGCUAAACAAUAAAAUUUAAACUACUUAUUUUUUUCAAAGUUAGCUUUAAAAGCAUUAGAAUGUAUUUGAUUUGACAUGGAAUAAAAUUUAUUUUUUUCACAUUUAUAAGCAA